CGAUCCCGACAGGCCCAGCGGCUCGGGGAGUCACUAGAAGGUGGGCGGCGGUGGAGGCUUGUCUCUGCUAUUUCUUCGUCUCUAUGGGUGUCAGAGGUGGGAGGACUUGACGCAGAAGCAGCUGGCGCUUCAGCUUGGACGGGAUGUUUCGUCUUAAAUCACUUUCUGCACUGGCAGAACUGGCCCUGGGUUCUCGAUGGUACCAUGGAGGGUCACAGCCCACUCAGAUCAGGCGGCGACUAAUGGUGGUGGCUUUCCUGGGUGCAUCUGCAGUAACCGCAAGUACUGGUCUCUUGUGGAAGAGAGCCCUUGCAGAAUCUCCACCAUCUGGAAACAACCUGAAAAGUGAACUUGGUGACAAAGGAAAGAACAAAGACGAUGGGGAGGCUUAUAGCCAUGAAAAAACUGAUGGAGGUAUUUGUCCUGAGCCUUAUCCAGAAGAGAAAAAGAAGAAACGUUCUGGAUUCAGAGACAGAAAAGUAAUGGAAUAUGAGAAUAGGAUUAGAGCAUAUUCCACACCAGACAAAAUCUUCCGAUAUUUUGCCACCUUGAAAGUAAUCAGUGAGCAUGGUGAAUCUGAAGUGUUUAUGACUCCACAAGAUUUUGUGCGAUCCAUUACACCCAAUGAAAAACAACCAGAACACUUGGGCCUGGAUCAGUAUAUAAUAAAACGCUUUGAUGGAAAGGAUUUCUGGCAGACAGAGAAAAUUGCCCAGGAACGAGAAAAAUUUGCUGACGAAGGCAGUAUAUUUUACACCCUUGGAGAAUGUGGACUCAUAUCCUUUUCAGACUACAUUUUCCUCACAACUGUUCUUUCUACUCCUCAGAGAAAUUUUGAAAUUGCCUUCAAGAUGUUCGACUUGAAUGGAGAUGGAGAAGUAGACAUGGAAGAGUUUGAACAGGUUCAGAGCAUCAUUCGUUCCCAAACCAGUAUGGGGAUGCGUCACAGAGAUCGUUCUACUACUGGUAACACCCUCAAGUCUGGCUUGUGUUCGGCCCUUACAACCUAUUUUUUUGGAGCUGAUCUCAAAGGGAAGCUGACAAUCAAAAACUUCCUCGAAUUUCAGCGCAAACUUCAGCAUGAUGUUCUGAAGCUAGAGUUUGAACGCCACGACCCUGUGGAUGGGAGAAUUACUGAGAGGCAAUUUGGUGGCAUGCUGCUGGCCUACAGUGGUGUGCAAUCCAAGAAGCUGACUGCCAUACAGAAGCAGCUCAAGAAGCACUUCAAAGAGGGAAAGGGUCUGACAUUUCAGGAAGUGGAGAACUUCUUUACUUUCUUAAAGAAUAUUAAUGAUGUGGACACUGCACUGAGCUUUUACCACAUGGCGGGGGCAUCUCUUGAUAAAGUGACCAUGCAGCAGGUGGCCAGGACAGUGGCUAAAGUGGAACUUUCAGACCACGUGUGUGAUGUGGUGUUUGCGCUCUUUGACUGUGAUGGCAAUGGGGAGCUGAGCAACAAGGAAUUUGUGUCCAUCAUGAAGCAGCGGCUGAUGAGAGGCCUGGAGAAGCCCAAAGACAUGGGCUUCACCCGCCUCAUGCAGGCCAUGUGGAAGUGUGCGCAGGAAACUGCCUGGGACUUUGCUCUGCCCAAACAGUAACCCGAAACAGCCAGAGGGGGCCACCUCCUUCACCCCAAACACCCUGGCCCCGUGAGCAGAGCCUCCGCACAGCCCCUCCUGCUACUGCUUCUGAAAGUAGUGUUCCCCUCCUUUUGGGAGUGACCUCAGGAUUCAGCCAGUUCCCCCCUCCAUGUCCCCUGCCUGUGUUCCUCUAGGCUCCAAUUCUGCCCCGAGAUCACCCCCAUCGGUUCUCAGAAACGUCAGUCCUGAACACUCAGACAUCUGGCACCUUCAGCAGCACUACCCAUUCAAGCCCGUACGGAUGAAGAAUGCAGGGACAUUCUCAGAUACCUACCAACCCGGGGGAACACCCAGUUCUCGAGUCAUUUUUGCUGUGGAUUUAUAUUAAUAAGAACAUUCCUUGCUUUUACUCCUGCUGGUGCUUUUAAGCUCUAAGUUGGGAAAGCCUCUGGCAGGCGAAAGGAAGUCUGUGAUGAAUGAUAAUGAGGAUGACUGGGCCACCCUGAGCUGGCAGGAAGCCUGAGCUGCAGGAAGGCCCUGUGUCCUUCCCCAGGGAGGCCCUGAGGCCUGCUCCUGGCAGUGAUGUG